UCUUAUACAGUUUCAGGUUUCUAAGCUUUUUACUAAAUGAAAAAAUACAUCCAUUUUCUUAAGUACGUAGACCACACGGAAGUCGGAAGCCGAGGUAAUCACUCAAACUUCAUUUUAUUUACUACAUAAUUAUUGAAUUAAUAUGUUUACACUUAUCGCAUCAUAGGAAAUAACAGGUAUCAAUUUUACAGACAAUGUAAGCAAUUAAUAACAAUACCUCAGUAUCACCAGUAUCACGUCCUUGAUAUAAAUUUGCUCUCACAAAUAAGUAGUAAGAUAACAUUUAUUUCAUUCUUCAAAAUUUCUUUGCGUUACAUUGGCUUGUAGUGCGAUUGUCUAGUUUAAUAUAAAGCAGGCUCUAAUCUUUUGGACAGUUUUUUAAUGAAUCGACGGUCACUACGUAAACACCUUUUUAUCAGUAACGGGGCCAGAAGUGGCCUGCAAGACAUCGGCGUUUAGUGAAAGUCUCAGACGCACACAUCGCUUCAACAGAUAAACACGUUUAGUAAUUCGCAUUCGAUUAUUGAUUUCGGUUCGCGAUAAUCUUGGAUAAAUAAACAAAAUAUAAUCGCGUGCGUCUAACGUGGUCAGACGCCGUGUGGAGCGUCGUAUCACAUCGCGGAGGCACAUCGCUGAUUGCCAGAUAGUGUGGUGCGAGGGCGCGAGAACGCCGCCGGCGCACCGGCCGGGCACUUGUAUUCGCAAUGUUGACAACGUACUGCCUCGUUCUUUUGGCGGCUGGAUCCGCCUCGGCUGAACUCUUCCUCGCCCCAGAUCUGGACGUAAACAAUACGUUACCCGCAGAACAGUAUUUCAUUGAGAAAAUAUUCGAUAAAUAUGGCUAUGAAGGUGUUAUUACUUUUGAGGGAUUCGAGCAUCUACUGGACAACCUGGGGUUGGGCGGGCGCGUGUUCAGUUCCCCGCAUGACGUCGCGCUCCACAGAAUAAACGGCACUUUCAAACAAUUGCACGACACGCAACAUCGCCACCGAAGAUCACCCGUUUCUUCAACAAUACUCAAAAAACCAUGUUUGUCUCCACGAGAAUUACUUACUGUUUACGGGAUGGAGAAGGAACCAGGAGUGAUAACUAUCAACCCAAAAACAUUUUUGGAAAUGUGUCCUGCACUAGUAUACCAAUUAGACCAACGCUCAUGCUAUAAAAUCGAUGCGCCUUCACCAAAAGUAGACAGAAUAUGGACGUGGAUUUAUGCCACUCUUAGUAUUCUCAUCAUCAGUGCUACUGGAUUAGUUGGUGUUGCGAUUGUUCCAAUGAUAAAAUCAGCCGCAUUUGGUCAUGUGCUGCAUUUUCUGAUCGCAAUCGCGGUCGGAACACUGUGUGGGGAUGCUUUGUUGCAUCUUUUACCACACGCAUUAAAAUCGCACGGCUCACCGAAUGAACCACAAGAAGAAACUGAAACUGUUCUGAAAUGCAGUGUAACAUUCCUUACAAUUUUGUUAUUUUAUACAGUUGAAGCUAUUAUGCAAACGCUAAACGGUGGACAUUCACAUUCUCAUGAUCAUCAAGAAAAAACAGUUGAAGAAGAGAAAGUUGAAUCCGCCAAACAAAUAGAAUCAAUCGAACUCGGCGCAAUAAUGCCUGGAUCGCCGCAGCCGCCAGUGGAACGUCCCAUGUCAUCGACGGCACUUAUGGUUAUAGUAGGUGAUGGUUUGCACAAUUUAACAGAUGGUUUAGCAAUAGGUGCAGCAUUUAGUGGAGAUCCUGUUACCGGCUUUGCAACAGCUUUAGCAGUUUUCUGUCAUGAAUUACCGCACGAGCUUGGCGACUUUGCAGUGUUGCUGCGGUCAGGCAUGAGUAUAAAACGUGCCCUCUAUUACAACUUACUAUCAUCUGUGCUCAGUUUUAUGGGCAUGGCCGUUGGUAUCUGGCUAGCAGAAGACCACGAAUCCGCUUCAGAAUGGAUAUAUGCUGCAACCGCAGGCACAUUCUUUUACAUAGCAUUAGCAGACUUAGUUCCAGAAAUAAAUGAAAAUAAUAAGGGCAAAACUUUACAUUUAGUUAUUGCUGUUUUAGGUAUCCUAUCAGGCGGUAUUAUAAUGCUCCUCAUUGCAUUACAUGAGGACUCAAUACAAUACUUAUUUAGGAAUUCAGAAAAAUGAAUCAAUGUUAUACGUAUCAACAGUGUGUUGUGAUAAUAAUAAUAAUUUAUAAAUCAACAAGCAAUGUUGAUAAAAUGCGCAUCAACUUAAAUAUUAAUAAACCCUUAAUGAAUAAAAUGUGUAAAUACAGGAAACAUAAGUUAAUAUGGUUAAAAACAAGUUUCAAUUAAAUAGCGAACUAUUAGUAUUAAUAUGUAACAAUUUUCAAAGGAGCUGAGACUGUUGAGAACAUGCUGUGAGCUGUCUCCACUGCUCUAAUAAUCCUUGCUGUUUUUAGUCUCAUGAACUAAUAUUGAGUUUUACACGAGUAGUCAACGAGUUGAUAGCUAAAAUUCGAAAAAAUUGUAUGGAAAUAACUACCUACAUUUUAACAGAAUGAACUUAAAACACGAUAGUGAUACAUUGCAUUUAAAAGUAAUUUCCUAGCACGUUAUUGAAUACAUUUAUGGUUUUUAUUAAGUAUGGUUAAAGAUAGGGUCCACAUUACUGAUUAUAAAUAUUAGGUUGUAUAAGUCGUAAAAGAAUGAAAUAAGUAGAAAACCUGAACAUGAUUUAUCAUUAAAUUGUGGAUGUUCCUAAUUAAUAUAGAUAAUAAUUUUGUACACUUGUUUCUAAGGUUAUUUUUUUUUUUUUGGAAACACUGUAAUCACAUUGAUGUUACAAGAAUAUGUACAAUACAUAAUAUUAUAUUUUUGAAGCCUAAUAAAAACAUUCAAUAUUAUUUAUGUACCUAUAAUGUGAGUAGGUAAGUUAAUAAUGUUAGUAUGCGGUAUUAAAUUUUAAUUUUGUGUUACAUAAUAUGUACCUAACAUUGGAUGCGUGUACUUAAUUCUGUUUAUUGAAAAAUAGAGUAUUGUAUUAUAUUUAAUACAAUACUCUCUUUUUCAUAAUACAAUACUCUCUUUUUCAAUAAACAGAAUUAAGUACACGCAUCCAAUUUGAGAUUUUGCCGGCCAAACAUAAUUUAGUAAGUAAGUAAUAGAUUCAUUUAUGUAUUAUAUUUCAUUUUAUAUAAAAGCGCAUGUGUUUUGAAUUAAUGUAAAAUGACUGAAUAUUAUGGAUUUGAUAUUUUUAUAUAUUUUGUCGUUCAUGUCUAAUGAGAAUGUUUCGAUUUGAAUGUAUCUACGAUUAUUAUUCAAUAUUAUUUAUAAUUAUUUUAUAAUUUUUGAAAUAAAAAAAUGUCGAAUUCUUCUUAAUAAUAUUUUAAGUAUAGAUAUCGUUUUAAA